AUUUUUUUCUUUUUUUUUAGCUUCUCUAUGACUUCAUCCUAGUGACCCCUGCUUGCCAGGGAUCCCGCAUGGUCAGUUGUGCCGCUGGUCUUUUCAUGCUGAGCAUCACUAUUUUUGUGACUUGGACUGCCUUGCCGCUGUGCUGGCCUUGAACAACCUGGACUACUCCAUCCUAGAGUGGGCUUUGUAUUUCUGCCACAUCUUCUCGGGGAGAGGGAGAGAGAUUCUCUUUCUGCAAAUGUGCUGCCGGAGUGCUGGUAGGACACCCAUUUGACACUGUUAAGAUGACAGAUAAGCCUCAUCACGGGAGAGUUACCUAGUUCGUCUACAAGUUCAAAGUGUAGAGAAACCUCUCUACCGUGGGACCUUCCAUUGCUUUCAGUCCAUCAUAAAGCAAGAAUCUGUUUUUGGACUCUAUAAAGGUAUUGGGUCACCAAUGAUGGGACUAACCUUCAUUAACGCGCUUGUGUUCGGUGUACAAGGAAACACACUUCGUGCUCUUGGAAAAGACACUCCUCUAAACCAGUUCCUUGCAGGGUCAGCGGCAGGGGCUAUCCAGUGCGUCAUCUGCUGUCCCAUGGAGUUAGCUAAGACAAGAAUGCAGCUUCAAGGAACAGGUGAAUACAAACUAAAAAUGAAGAACUACAAAAAUUCUCUGGAUUGUUUGAUCAAAAUCUAUCGAAAGGAAGGGCUGAGGGGUAUCAACAGGGGCAUGGUCUCUACAUUCAUAAGAGAGACUCCAAGCUUUGGCUUUUACUUCCUGACCUAUGACUGCAUGACCAGGUAUUUAGGCUGUGAAGCUGAAGACAGUUACGUUAUUCCCAAACUGCUGUUUUCCGGGGGGAUGUCAGGAAUCGUGUCCUGGCUCUCAACCUAUCCCGUGGAUGUGAUCAAAUCCCGCCUUCAAGCCGAUGGAGUCGGAGGCGUUACACAAUACAACGGCAUUUUAGACUGCAUCAGAAAGAGUUACCAUGAAGAAGGCUGGAGGGUGUUCACAAGAGGUCUUACUUCCACGCUUCUCCGCGCUUUUCCUGUCAACGCAGCUACCUUUGCUACUGUCACUGUGUUCCUAAUGUAUAUGAGGUCAGAAGACAACCUUCGUGAAUGUGAACCAGGUCCAGUCAUCCAGCAGCCUUCCAGUUUGUGAACCGUAUCUGUUCCCCUCAUCCAAAGCCGACUGGUUGGGGUUUUUUAAAACGUAAACACUUGGCCUGCACAAGUGGUAUAAAUGUAUGCUAUCUGUACGAAGAACUCCUAAAUGUGUCGAAUUAGGAUUUCAUCUCAUUACUUGUAUAAACAGCGUAUUGCCUUAUUAAGGACUUCGUAUCUAGUAGUAUCCAAGUAAGACGGGGACCUGCCUUUAGAAAGUACUGUACAGUUACUGUUGUGGCUCCGGAAGAGGAUCUGGAGAAUGUCGUAGUACCAGAAAUCAGGUUUUCUUCCACUUGUGUUCUGAAUGACUGAGUUGAAUGCAGCAAUGUUCUCAGAAAAUAAAUGCUCUUUUUGUAUGUAACAGGAGUAAGUAGAGUCCUCUAAGGUGAAGUAGGGGCAAGAAAUUAAAUGUUGGAGGCAUUUUGCAGGUAACCCUGAACCGUUUAAGACAUGGACUAGCAUUCAGCUGGCCACGUGUUUUUCUUUUCCUCUGCUUUUAUAUGUCAGUGGUUUUAGUAGCAACUUUGUUCAUACUGGUUUGCCAA